GUCACCAUCUCAAUCUCUUCUCAAAUAUAAAGUCAGCUUCUGUGGCUUUAAGAGAGAACGUAUCAAUUCCAAAUUAUCCAUUAACGCUUAAAACAAGCUUUUCCAGUUUCUUCAAUGGCAGACGCCAGAGAUUUGAUCACAAAAUUCCGCCAUUAAUCUUUCGAGCGAAGGAGAACAGAGGAUUAUCAUUACAUUACAGAGCAACCUGAGGCCCACGAACACAGCAGAGAGAAGAGAAAUUCAUAUUUUAGAGACAGCAAAAUCCCAGUCAAAAUAGUACAGAAUUUCCCCAACUGUUUCCCUUGCGAUCUUUCAAUUAAUUGCAUUGUAUAAUCGUCUCUCUCUUUCUGUCAAUUCUUCCAUGGCGAGAAUUGAUUUACAGAGAUAGAUAGGGCUUCAUAAUCGACGAAUCGCGAGUUUCUUUUCUCAAUUUUCAUCUCAAAGAAAAGCGAAAAGAGUGAUGGAUUUGAGGAAAAUCGCGGUGAUUGUUGAGGAUGUUGAAGUAGCGAGAACGGCGUUGAAAUGGACGCUCAAUAACCUAAUGCGCUAUGGCGAUUUGAUUACUCUUCUUCAUGUAUUUCCUUCUACAAGAUCCAAAAGUAGUUCCAAAGUUCGUCAUCGCCGAUUGAAGGGCUAUCAAUUAGCCCUAACUUUCAAAGACCUCUGCAUCACUUUCCCCAAUACAAAGGUAGAGAUUAUUGUGACGGAAGGCGAUCAAGAAGGUAGAAAGAUCGCGGCCAUUGUUAAAGAAAUUGGAGUUUCCGUGCUUGUAGUUGGCCUCCAUAACUAUAGCUUUCUGUACAAAAUGGCUAUGGGGGAAGAUGAUUUAGCAAGGAUUUUCAAUUGCAAAGUUCUGGCAAUCAAACAAGCAUCAACCUCAGCAGAAGAAUCACAUAAAACAAAAAAUGUGGAAGUUAUAGCUGCAGCUAUGGACAGUUCAACCAACAUGGACUUUUCCCAGAUUGAGAUUGCCAAAUUACAAAAAUUCCAUACAGAAUCUGCCCCGACCCUUCUGCGAUUAUUUGGAGAUCAAAGAAAUCAAGAAGAAGGUGGACUUUGUGACGACGGGACCAUCUUUAUUUAUCUCAAACUUUAUUUCUACUAAUGUUUGCCCCUGUUUUUUCUCUUUCCCACACCUUCUUUUUAGACAUUGCCAAUAAUGGAGACUGUCUGGUUUUUGAGGUUGUCAUUGUCGAUGACAAACGUGCCCUGUACACCACACACCCAGAGUAGGAAAAAAAAUGCAUUAAAAUUUGUAAUCCAUUUGAUCUGAUUUAUACAUAUAGGUUUUGCAGGUCCCCCCACUACCCUGAUCUUGUUUCUUUUCUCAUUCGUAUCAGUGUUCAAUUUUAGUGUAUUGUGUAUAGUAAUAACGUAUGAGUAUAGUAAGUUUUAAUUUGGUAAA